GAAAACACAGCCAAAAAACAGGCACUAACCCAAUAUGAAACCCACGUCCCCAAUAAUCACCCAUAACUGUCCCUCCCAACUGCUUCUUUCAAUCCCCAACUUCUUCCCAUUUUCAUCUCUCUCUCUCUCUCUCUUUCUCUCUCUGCAAAAUCCAUCCUUCAAACCUCAAACCCAUGUAGGGGGAAAAGAGAGAAUCUUUCCUAAUAGAAAAAUGAUGAAGUGGGGCAGAAAAAAAGCCGAACCUUCGUCUUCGCCGUCGCAUAAUUCUUCCAUUUCUCAUGUUUUUCCAAUGUCCUGGAUUUCGAAAUUCAAGCAAAAAGGGAGCAAGAAUUCCGAGCCAAAACCCGUAAAGGAAAAGCAAAAGGCGAACACAAACACGCCUUCUAAUUGGAGGGACGGUCGGUUCUAUGGAAAGGAUGAUGAGUCUCACUCGAGGCUUUCGUUUGGAGAUGAAAGAGUCAAUGGAGAAACGAAAAGCAGAGGUGGGUUGCGAUCCGUUCGGCAUAAUUCGAACGAUGAGCUCGAUUUCGCAUCAUCGAGUUGCCAGAGUUGCAGAGGAGGAGAAGGGUUAUGGAAGUUCAAUGACAUGGUGUCGGAUAUCAGAAAGGCAAGGGAAUUGCCUGAAAUUGUUGAAGUGGAAAAGGAAGAGAAGUGGAAAGAAUUCGAAGAACCAAGGAGAAAGUCUGUGAGAGGUGAAAAAUCGCGAAAAACAAGCCGACGGGUUUUGGAAGAGAAGCGGGAGGGACUCGAAAGGAAGCCAGAUAAAGCAGAAGAGAUAGGAAAAAUUCUGAAAGAGGGAGAUGUAUUUGAACUACUCGAAUCGAUGAGGAUAAAUCAUAAGGUACUAACUUCUGACUUUGGAAAAGAUUGCAAUGUGUCUUCGUUAAACUCGGGGAUUUCCGGUUUAAAAACAAUUGAUGAAGAUUGUGGAUUUAAGCCUCUGAAUAUGGAGGAAAAGGAAGAGGAAAUGGGUUCAGAGAGGCGAAAAUUGAAGGAAAUUAAAAUCCAAGAGGUUUUAUCAAAGAAUGGGAAGCACAGGAAAUCUUUUCACACAAGCAGGAAAGGAGGAAGGGUCAGGACUUAUUCGCCAAGAACGGUUGCAAGAAUCGAAUGCAAAAUCAAAGCGAUCGAAGACAUGAAAAGAGCGAAAAUGAAAACGAAGAGGAAAACGGAAGCUGUUGGAAGAAGUACAACGGGUUUCGAUAGUUUUGCUGUGGUGAGAAGCUCGGUCGAUCCUCAACGGGAUUUUAGAUGUUCGAUGAUUGAAAUGAUUACUGAGAAAGGGAUAAGGAGAUCGGAGGAGCUCGAGGAGCUUCUGGCUUGUUAUCUGACGUUGAAUGCCGAUGAAUAUCAUGAUGUUAUAAUCAAGGUGUUUCGGCAGGUAUGGUUUGAGCUCAAUCAAGAGUACUUUAUUUUUAGUCCUGAGUCACAGAAUGAAUUAACAUAGUUAUUAGUAGUAUGGUUGAAAUUAUGCUUGAUCUGAAAAAUUUGUAGUCAUUGUAAAUAGUUUCACUUGCUACUUGUAUGAUAAUACUACUUUUACUAGGUCCGGUCUUCGUGCAAGGCACGAAUGUCAUGCCCUUUGAAGAGAACCUUUUUUUUUUUGGCUGGAGAUUAAUGCUGCUUUUGAUGGUUAAGCGAUGUAGGUAUAUUAUUUUGACUUAGUAAUGUAUGAAAGAGUUGAGUUGAAUUUGAAG